AUGCGCAAAUCCAGGAAUACACCAAGUCGAUUUUUCAUCUUUUCUAUCAUCCUUCUUUUCCAAUUCAUCAGAUGCGCUGUUAUCAUUGACAGUGAUUACAAUGUCAGUUCGGAUGAUGAUCCUGUAACAGAAGCUUCGCCUCGGAAACGGAAUUGCACUCGACAACCAGCUAUCAUAGACAAGUUGCUCAACGGAACCGGAUACAACAAGUUCCGGAUACCAAAUGACGAUGGAGUACCCGUACAAGUCGAAUUUUGGGUCCAAGCCAUCACUUCAAUCAACGAGAUUACCAACGACUUCGAAAUGGAUAUAUACAUCAACGAAAUGUGGUUGGAUCCAGCACUCAAAUUUGAACAUCUUAAUCCGUGCAAACAGAAUUUGUCCGUGAGCCAUCAAGUCCUCGAACGACUAUGGACACCGAAUAGCUGUUUUAUCAAUAGCAAGUUUGCAGAGAUUCACGACUCUCCAUUCAAAAAUGUAUUUCUGAUGAUCUACCCUAAUGGUACCGUAUGGGUGAACUAUGUAAGGAUGACGAAUCUCCGUUCCCUCUCUCAAUUUUGUUUUUUUCAGCGUGUCAAUGUGAAGGGUCCAUGUGAUCUAUCACUCGAGCUGUUCCCUCUUGACAUUCAGGAAUGUCAUCUCAUUUACGAAAGUUUCAACUACAACAAUCAAGAAGUACGAAUGAGAUGGAAUGAAAAGAGUCCCGAACCAGUCUCUGUAACAAAUAAAAUUCGACUUCCGGAUUUCGAAUUGAUCAAGAUUGAGCCAACGAGAGUUUCAGCUCCGUAUCCAGCUGGAAUGUGGGAUGAGUUACAUGUGAAAUUAGUUUUCGAAAGAAGAUACAUUUGGUACUUCAUGCAAGCCUACUUGCCAACUUACCUCACGAUUUUCAUCAGCUGGAUCUCAUUCUCUCUUGGAACAAAAGCAAUGCCUGCUCGAACAAUGCUAGGAGUGAAUGCACUUCUGGCAAUGAUCUUUCAAUUUGGAAACAUCAUGAGAAAUCUGCCACGUGUCUCCUAUGUGAAAGCGAUUGAUGUCUGGAUGCUAGUCUCCAUGACAUUCAUCUUUUUGUCACUUCUCGAAUUGGCCAUCGUCGGAUACAAAACAAAGAACGAGGAGGGUGCAAAAAAGAAGUGUCCUCACAAGAAACUCAUUGACAAUUUCGAAGCGUCUCCAGCCGGAUUAUGUCGUUACGAGAAGAGGUUUAUGCUGCCAGUGGAACGACGCUCUGCCAGAUGGGGAGGUAUCAUGAGGUUUCAAUUUCUUCAAGACUUCUGGAAUUGGAGUCCCGAGAAGAUUGAUCGAGUUUCGGCUAUCUUGUUUCCGGCAUGCUUCGCAAUUUUCAACAUCGUAUACUGGUCAUACUAUUAUAACAAGAAGUUGGAGAAGGCGGCAGCAAUGAAAUUGAACGAAGACCGUUUGUAA